CACAAGGCCGGCGCUUCACCCUUGCAUGACGACGUGGAUGAUGCUUUGCUAGAAACCUCCUGCUGUGUCUGAAGCGCAACGCAACAUAUGCUGUCGAACCUAGUGGAAGUGGAAUCAGAGGCUUGAAUGCGACGAGAGUUCUCGAUCCAGCGAAACAGAUGCUGUAGCGUUGUGCGCCCUAAGAACUGCUCGACCGGGGGCCAGCGCCUGCAAUGGGUGGGCCUCGUGACGAACAAGGCGGGCGCAGAGCAUUGGGAUGUCCACAAGCAUACACAUCCCUUUCUGUGCUGCUAUCAUUGUUGGGACAGAAUGACAUCAUUGUUGCAGCCACAAAUCCCAAUUCAAGGUCAAGGAGUCCAAACCGCAGGUAAAACCGUAGCGGAGAAGGCAACAUCAGGCAUCCCAGUAUCUGGUAUCCUUCCUGUUCUCUCCAUACCUGAAUACUAUUAUUAUAUAUGGAGUUGGUCGUCUCCCUGGCUUGAUAAGUUUUUGCUCAGAGACUCGAGACCAGGGUUGAUGAUCGAGGCUGAGGAAAUGUUUCUACCACCAGGUUUUCGCUUCCAUCCAACCGAUGAGGAGCUCAUCACUCACUACCUUGCGCCGAAGGUUGCCGGUACCAGUUUCUGUGCCACUGUGAUUGGGGAACUUGACCUCAACAAGAGAGAGCCAUGGGACUUGCCAUUGAGCACAAAGGUAGGGGACGAGUGGUACUUCUUCUGCAUGAAGGACAGGAAGUACCCAACUGGCUUGAGGACAAACAGAGCCACCGAUUCCGGCCACUGGAAAGCAACAGGAAAAGAUAAGGAGAUACACAGAAGACGGAAUCUGAUCGGGUUGAAGAAGACUCUGGUCUUCUACAAAGGCAGGGCGCCCAAAGGUGAGAAGACUAAUUGGGUCAUGCAUGAGUACAGACUGGAGGGGAAUCAGUCAAACACGGUGCAAAAUGCUUGGGUGAUCUGUAGAGUGUUCUGUAGAAGGUCAGGUGAGAAACAGGACAUGGAAUGGUUUGAAGAUGAACUCAGAUCUUCUGUUCCGGUCCUAUCUGCGAAUGAUCACAAGAAGAACAAGGACGGGUUCUCUUCUGCAUCCAAUUCGACCCAUGUGACCUGCUUCUCCGAUGGCUUGGUGGGCCUGAGGGGCUCCGAGGAGUUGGCAAAGCCUUCACAGAACGCGAUCAUGCUGCCUCUAUCACUGUCCUCGAACGCUACCAGCCCAGCAACCUCAAACCUCGUAGAUUUGCAUCACCGAGGAGACAGUUCGGUGCAGUUGUCCGAGAGCUACGGCCGUGGCAAUGACAAGAACUUGAAGAUGGAGGAGGAGGCUCUCAGCAUUUCAGAGGAAACAGGUUUGAUCACCAACAUGGCGCCUGAUAUCUACACAUCCAUCAGAAGCAACUUCAAUUACCAGGAGCUCCUGCCUGAUGCAGAGCGACUCGAUGUGCUGUCAUGGAACUACUAGAACAAAGAAUUGAGCAGCAGAAGAACAUAGUGACCACUGUACAUGUUGAUUUCAAGAAUUACUCGAUCUUACUAGAGAUCAAAUCUGUAGAGUGAUGAGUAGCACAUACCAUAAUUUUUGCAUGGGGGUAAGAGCUGCAUGAUUGCAUGAUCAGUACCAAAUCAUGACGAAACAACUCAUAUAAUUGAUCCCGAUGUGAUCUCGUUGAGGUUGACCUCGGCAGUCACAUCAGAUUUGCUUUUAGCUUGCACGUUUGGAAGAUGGAGGAGAGUGACAACCAUAUACAUCACCUUUUGGUCC